CCAUUCUUAUUUUAUUAUUUAUUAUUUCUGCAUAUUUUUCUGGUUUGUGAUUUCUUCUUCAACACUGUAAGCGUUGUUGUAUAUUUAGAAAGAGAGAGACUUGAGAAACAAAGUGUGAAGAAGAGGUAGAUCUUGUUUAGCAUUUUUGCAGUGCUACAUUUCAUCCAUAGCAAUGGCUUCAAAGCUCAUCUUGAUCACAGUCUUUGUGUUUGAUCUCAUUGCUUUUGGUUUGGCUGUUGCCGCUGAGCGAAGGAGAAGCACUGCAACAAUCAGGCAGGAUAAUGAAGUGAAUUAUAACUACUGUGUCUAUGACUCAGACAUUUCAACUGGGUUAGGUGUUGGUGCAUUUUUUUUCCUCAUGGUCAGCCAAGUCCUUAUAAUGGUGGCCAGUCGAUGCUUCUGCUGCGGAAAAGCUUUAAGCCCGAGCGGUUCAAGGGCUUGGGCAAUCAUCCUUUUCAUAAUAUGCUGGGUGUUUUUCCUGAUAGCUGAGAUAUGCUUGUUGGCGGGUUCAGUGAGGAAUGCUUAUCACACCAAGUACAGAACCAUUUUCAGUGAGAACCCUCCCUCUUGCCAGACCUUGAGAAAAGGAGUUUUCGGGGCAGGCGCCGCCUUCGUUUUCUUCACUGCCAUAGUCUCCGAAUUCUACUAUGUUUGCUAUUCCAGGGCCAGGGAGAGCUUCCAGUCAUAUGGAGGCGAAACCGGUGUCGGCAUGGGAGCCUACAAAUGAGCCUUUUCCAGGGCGAUUUGAUGCAUUGACUUGCACACUCUUUGAUGGUUUUUCAGUUGCAUUUUGUGUAUUAUGUGUUCAGUUUAGUCAUUGAUAGAUCAUAUUCUCCAUUGUAUUCAUGAUUAUUUUUUCUUUUUUGUUCUUUAACUUCAUUGAUGCUACUGUUAAAUUUUUGAGUGUCAUAUAGGUAAAAUUAUAGAACGAUGUUGUUUGUGUUAAAUAUACUACUACAUGUAAUAUUCUUGAUAAAUGUAUUGAACAACUUACAUAUUCUCAUUUUGUCAA